UUGAAUAAAACCGGGUUGCAGUUCAAGUACAAGUGUGCUUAUUUGUUAGGAGAUAUAUUGGAGGAGUUCGACAACUGGGUCGUUGUCAACCAUAACCAUCAAAAUCAUCAGCUGAACUCCCCAAACUUCUUGCUGAACGAAUUGCUGGAGUCAAGCCAGGAUGAUUGUUUGCCAGUGAACACCAAGCAAGAGCUUCUGGACGUUUCCUGGUCAGGAUGACGCUCGUCCAUCGCGCUUUGUUCACCUGGUUCAUUGUCCUCGUGUUCCUCAUCCUCCUGUGCCUGCGUCUGGAGACCCGGACGCACUGGAAUUGGUUCGUGGUGUUCAUUCCGCUUUGGAUAUUCGAUGCAAUCCUCCUGAUCUACGUUCUCAUCAAGAUUGUGACCAAGUGGCGAAAUCUCACGCGACUCAAGGAACUCCUGAUGCAGUACCAAAGCUACAUCUGCACAGUUCUGCUCAAGAUAGCCAUUCAGAUAAUGAUUUGCCUGAAGCUCGAGUACCCGAGUCUCGAACUCUCCAUCUUCACCGUGAUGAUUCCCAUCUGGAUCCUGCUGCCCGCGACAAUAGCCUACGUCUUCAUGCACAUGGUGCGAGCCAAGUAA